UAUGAGCUGUUGGCUGCUCUGCCAGCCCAGCUGCAGCCACAUGUGGAUAGCCAGGAAGACCUGACCUUCCUCUGGGAGAUGUUUGGUGAAAAGAGCCUGCAUUCACUGGUGAAGAUUCAUGAGAAGCUACACUACUAUGAGAAACAGAGCCCUGCCCCCGUCCUCCACAGCGCAGCGGCCUUGGCCGAUGAUCUGGCCGAAGAGCUUCAGAACAAGCCAUUAAAUGGUGAGAUCAGAGAGCUGUUGAAACUACUGUCAAAACCCAAUGUGAAGGCUUUGCUUUCUGUACAUGAUACUGUGGCUCAGAAGAAUUAUGACCCUGUGUUGCCUCCUAUGCCUGAUGACAUCGAUGAUGAAGAGGACUCAGUAAAGAUAAUCCGUCUGGUUAAAAAUAGAGAACCACUGGGAGCUACCAUUAAGAAGGAUGAGCACACUGGGGCCAUCAUUGUGGCUAGAAUUAUGAGAGGAGGAGCUGCAGAUAGAAGUGGUCUUAUUCAUGUUGGUGAUGAACUUAGAGAAGUGAAUGGGAUCCCAGUGGAGAAUAAAAGGCCUGAGGAAAUAAUACACAUAUUGGCUCAGUCCCAGGGAGCAAUUACAUUUAAGAUUAUACCCAGCAUCAAAGGGGAGACCCCAUCUAAAGAAGGCAAGGUGUUUAUCAAAGCUCUCUUUGACUAUGAUCCUAACGAGGACAAAGCAAUUCCGUGUAAAGAAGCUGGACUUGCUUUCAGAAAAGGCGAUGUCCUUCAGAUUAUGAGCCAAGAUGAUGCAACAUGGUGGCAGGCAAAGCAUGAAGGUGAUGCCAAUCCUAGAGCAGGCUUGAUCCCCUCCAAGCAUUUCCAGGAAAGGAGAUUGGCUGUGAGACGACCAGAAAUAUUAGUUCAGCCCUUGAAAGUUUCCAACAGGAAAUCAUCUGGUUUUAGAAGAAGUUUCCGUCUUAGUAGAAAAGAUAAGAAAACAAAUAAAUCUAUGUAUGAAUGCAAGAAGAGUGAUCAGUAUGACACAGCUGAUGUGCCCACAUACGAGGAAGUCACCCCAUAUCGGCGACAAACCAAUGAGAAAUACAGACUUGUUGUUUUGGUUGGCCCUGUAGGAGUAGGGUUGAAUGAGCUGAAACGAAAGCUGCUGAUCAGUGACACACAACACUAUGGCGUGACAGUACCACAUACGACAAGAGCAAGAAGAAGCCAGGAAAGUGAUGGUGUUGAAUAUAUUUUCAUUUCCAAGCAUUUGUUUGAGACAGAUGUACAAAAUAACAAGUUUAUUGAAUAUGGUGAAUAUAAAAACAACUACUAUGGUACCAGUAUAGACUCAGUUCGCUCUGUGCUAGCUAAAAACAAAGUUUGUUUGUUGGACGUUCAGCCGCAUACAGUAAAGCAUUUAAGAACGCUAGAAUUUAAGCCUUUUGUGAUAUUCAUAAAGCCUCCAUCAAUAGAGCGUCUGAGACAGACAAGAAAAAACGCAAAGAUUAUUUCAAGCAGAGAUGACCAAGGAGCUGCCAAACCCUUUACAGAAGAAGAUUUUCAAGAAAUGAUUCAAUCUGCGCAGAUCAUGGAAAACCAAUAUGGUCAUCUUUUUGACAAGAUUAUAGUGAAUGAUGACCUCACCGUGGCCUUCAAUGAGCUGAAAACAACUUUUGAUAGGUUAGAGACAGAUGCCCAUUGGGUUCCAGUGAGCUGGUUGCAUUCAUAACUAA